AUUAUCCAGACUCUUAAAUCUGGAUUUGAGAGGGAAUUGUCACAGGUGAAGUCUUUGAAGUUCAGGCAUCUUGCUGGAUUUUCCAUGGAAGAAACUGGAGUCGUGGGAGGACAUAUUCCUCAGUGCAUUGAGGAGAAGGAAGUUUCCUAUUCUGACCCUUUCAUACCAGCAGAAAGUGAUGAGUUGGACCCAACUGAGUUAGGUGAAGGAAUUCCUCUGCAGCCUGAAACCGAUGAUGGGAAUUCAGAAAAAAUGAUGAACAUCCAACCCCGAGACUUGACCUUCAGAUCUCUGCUCUCCAAAAUGACUACUUUACCUGAAGCAUCAUGGGAUCCUGAUGUGAUCGUCGAAGAAAUAAUUGACAGUGACCAGGAAAUUAACAGGGAGCUCUCUAGCCCACCCGCUCAAGAACUAGUGAUUGUAAGCUAUGUUGUACAUCCCUGCCACUUCUAUGUUCGGAAGUACUCACUAAGGAAAAUUGCAGCAAAAAUGGAAAAGAACCUGAAUCGCUUUUGCAGCAUGAACCAAUACCCCAGUCCUUCUGAAGUCUUGGAACUAGGUGCAAGAGUAUUUGUUAACAGUAAGGAAAAUGGAGUGUGGUGCCGGGCGACUGUCACCGGGCUGAUUCCACUGGAGGGUAAACAUGUGGAGCAAUCCCAUGGUCCAAAGAAGUACUCCAUCGGUGAAAUUGCAGUGCUGCAAGUUUACAUGAUUGAUUUUGGGAAUACUGAAGUCUUCAUUAUCCCAGGGGCUAGUGAUGACCCCUUUAUCCCUAAGCAUCUGACUCUGAGCUAUGCAGUGGUGGAUGCCCUUUGCCUGGUGAUAAGAAAGCCUGAUAAUUGCAAGAAGCAGCUGAGAGUUCGAAAUCCUUUGGCGCUGAGGUGCACCCUGAAGGACCUGGUUCCACCAUAUCCAAAUGAACAUUGGGGAGAACAUGCUAAAAUACAGUUUUUGAAAAUGGUGGAGAAGAUGCCUGUUUUAAUGCACAUCUAUAAGGAAGAAGGUGGUGUGUUUACUGUAGAUCUGAAAAGACCUCCAGAAAUCAAAGGGAGCAGCAGCGUGCCACUGUCUCUCAGAGACAAACUGGUUUUUACUGGAAUAGCGAGGAUCCCGACACAUCUGUCCCAGAUGCGACAUCUCACGACUCUGACCCUUGAGUAUCGUCCCCCCAGUUUACCAAAAGUAUCGACAGAAGUGACAGUUGUAGUUUGCCACGUAAACAGUCCUGGGGAUUUCUACAUUCAAACGGUUGACCGUUUAGGUUUUUUAGUGUUCCUGAGGAGGAUUAAACGAGCAUAUGACAAUGAAAAUAGAGAAAAUCUUGAAUUCCUCUGCCCAGUUAAAGGUCAAGCCUGCAUAGCUAAGUCUGCAGCUGGAACUUGGUACCGGGCAGAAGUCACUGGCUUGCCGGCACACCAGGAACUGGAAGUUAUCGAUGUUGACACUGGCCGAACUGCAAGAGUGGCGCUCCAAGACAUACGUCCCGUAAAGGAUGAGUUUUUGAGUUCCCCCAAAAAGGCAAUUAAAUGCAAACUGGCCCUUAUUGAACCUGCUAACAGGCUGAUGCUUUGGAGUAGAGAAGCCAAAGAAAAAUUUGAAGAAAUGGCAAGCAAUGAAUUUUUGAUUUGCUCAGUUACCAGAAUUUUGGAAGAUGAUGUGCUACUUGUUGAACUUUUUCACUUUCCCCGUGUUCCUGAAAUGAAGGCUUUUAGUAUUAAUAACAGGCUGGUCAAAGAAGGCGUAGCCUGUUACACACCGGGGCAAGUACAAUACUUCUCUUUUUCUGGGAAGGAAAUUUUGGCCAAGUUUCCAUCACUUAAAUAGACUUCCACCACUCGCCCCUCCUAAAAUCACAUCUCUUCCAAGAGGCUAAGCCCUCACUUCUCUAUUUAAGCCCGU